AUGAGCUCAGAUUCUAUAAAGCCCACCAAAGCAGGGCCCAAAAGAGUCAUUGGAUCCUCACCAAAGAGACAUCUGGGAGUACCCAAGCCCCAGUUGACCUCACAUUCGAGAUCUAGUUCAAAUAGCUCAAAUAUAACACCCAUUCCAUCUCCAUUAUCAAAAGAACAACGAUUCAAUUCUCCAUCUUUAGAAGAUCAUAUCACUCCUACAAAAUCUAAAGAACAACAACACCCACCAAAAAUCCAAUCAUUAGUUACACCUGAUAUUGUACUAUCAGAUCCAGAAAUCAUUGAAGGCUCUGAAUUAAUUAACCCUUUCAUUGUUGAUGAACAAUUACAGUCUUUACAACCAGAAUUCAAAGAAAAUGGUGAAAUCAUAGAAGAAUCAAUAUCAUGUCCCAUUUGUGAUGAAAAAAUGGUUAGUUUAUUACAAUUGAAUCGCCAUUUAGAUGAUGCACAUACAAUGGAUGAUACACUGGAUGGUAUUGGUGCUAAAUCCCCUUCAUUAGAACCAACCAAUGAUGAUAUUAAAUCUUGGUUACAGAAAACUAAUGAAAUGAAAUCAAAAUUACAAACUGCAUUACCUAGGAAAUUUGUUAAACUAGAUAUAUUUGAUAAUAAUAAUAAUAAUUUUAGUAUAAGUGAUUCUUCAUCAAGAGAUAGUUCUUCAACUUCAUUGAAUACAGUCACACCUGAAAUAACAGUUACAAGGAAACAUUGGAAAAAACCAACGGGUCAUGAUAGAUGUUCCGCUUUGAAUUGUAAAAAAAUAUUAAAUAUUAAGAAUGGAUUAGUUAAUUGUCGGAAAUGUGGUGAUUUAUUUUGUCAUGAACAUGCAAAUUUCAGAGUUAAAUUAAAUAAUUCUGCUAAUUAUUUUAACGAAGGUGUUUGGUGUAAAUGUUGUGAGAAUUGUUUUACUCAAAAGCCAGGAUAUAAUGAUUUUGGACUUGUUAAUGAUGUUUCUAAUAAAUUUAAAAUCUUGAGACAGAAAAGAUCAGAUGAAAAACAAUUAUAUUUAAAUAAAUUAGAAAAGAGAAUAAUUAAUUUAACAACGGCAAUUUCAAAAAUUGAUAAAGAAUAUAAAUCAAAUGAAUUUAAUAAUAAUUUUUUAAGAUAUACAAUAAGUAACAAGAAAAGAGAAGCUGAACAACAAUUAGUAUUAUGGGAAGAUGGUAAUACUAAAUUGAAUUGUUUCCUUUGUUUAAGGAAUUUUAGCUUUACAUUGAGGAAACAUCAUUGUCGUCUCUGUGGGAAAGUUGUCUGUGCAAGUGAAUCAACUGGUUGCUCUAAAGAAAUACCAAUUAACUAUUUAACAGAAUCUCUUGAUGAUGUCCCAAAAAUCAAUGAUGAUUCAUUAUUAAGAAUGUGUCGAAAUUGUAAAGAUGUAUUAUUUAUAAAGAGAAAUUUCAUCAAAGAUACAAAAAAUCAAUUAUCACCAUUAUUAGAAAAAUUUGAAGCCCAACAAAGUAUUAAAAGGGCAAUUGUCAUGUUAAUGCCUAGAUUCCAAGAUAUGUUGUAUAAAUUACAAAAUGAUUCUUCAAUACAAAAUAAAUCAAUAACAGCUGAUGCAUCAAAAUUAAGGAAAAAAUUAAUGGAUUCAUUUGCAAGUUUUGAUAAACUAACUAAAGAAAUUGUUUUAUUAACACCUGAAAAUGAAAGUGAAUCAAAAAUUCAAUUAUCAGUUCAAACAGAUUCUAUAAAAUUCAUUCAAAAAAAUAUGAUUCCAUUAAAAUCAUUACCCAAAAUCUUAAAACAAAAAGAAGAUCUAGUCAAAUCCCAAACCCCUCCAAAGCUAAACCAUGAACAAAUUCAAAAGAUAAAACAAAAUCGUGAAGAAUUAAUGGUUUUAAAUGAACAAAAAUUUCUUGUUGGUGAAAUGAUUGAAAAUUGUAAAAAUCAACGAAAAUUUGAUGAAUUACCUACACUACAAGAUAACAUGGAUGAAUUGGAAAGAAAUAUUCAAGUAUUACAAUUAUCCUUGGGGAAUGAAGGGUUUUAA